UUAAAUAAAGCACUGGAAUUAAAACCAGAAUACUAAUCAGCCCGCUAGACAUUGCCUGAAGUCCGCAUAUUAUCGCAAAAAGCAAAAAUUCCCGUGCCAAGUGUCACCGUAAACAGCUGACUCCCGUGUUGUUGGCCAUCAGCUGAUUGACACAAACCUCAUGAUUAAGAGCCUUCUGACACACGAUAUGACACUUUUCUAGCAUUUAGACCCAACGCUGGAAAAAAGAAGCCAUGUCAAAACACUCAGGCACAGCGUCAGCGCGUCUAAGGGCCGACUACAUGCGAUUAAAACGUGACCCAGUGCCAUAUGUGACUGCUGACCCCCUGCCCUCAAACAUUCUGGAGUGGCAUUAUGUUGUGGAAGGGCCAGAGCAGAGCCCCUAUGAGGGUGGUUAUUACCAUGGCAAGUUGGUUUUCCCGAUGGAGUACCCGUUUCGACCGCCCAGCAUAUACAUGAUCACACCCUCGGGUCGCUUCAAGACCAACACGCGACUGUGCCUCUCCAUCUCAGACUUUCAUCCUGACACGUGGAAUCCAGCCUGGUCCGUGGCCACCAUACUGACUGGACUCUUGUCAUUUAUGCUGGAGAAAGCCCCUACAUUCGGUAGCAUAGAGACAAGCGACUAUGAGAAAAGACAAUUGGCCCAGCAGAGUUUAAGCUUUAAUUUGAAGGACAAGGUUUUUACGGAACUCUUUCCUGAAAUCACAGAGACUAUCCAAGAGAAACUGGCACAACGUGAGCAGGAGUUGGCGGAGAGAGCUAAGGCGAUAGAGACAGGAAGCCUGAGUGAAAAGGACCGCACGAACUCUGACAGCGGCAACCAGAACCUCGAUGCCAGCCACAUGUCUGCCCUCACAAACCUCCUCGUCGUUGUAGGCUUUGCGCUGUUUGCGUGGACUGUCAAAUACGUUAUGUCAACUUUAAGUGAUAAUGAGGGAUAGGAUUAAAAAAAACAAAAAAAAAAACAUUCAGUUGCUAAUUAUGCUUUUCUUUUGUUUUCUCUUUUCAUAAGUAUUUUUAUAUUUAAGAAGUGUGGAAAGAGAGAGUGAAAGUGAAUGAAUGUGUGAGUGAUUGAGGGAAUGAGUGAGCUGUGAGUGUGUACAGUGCAGUCUCAUAACUCAUUAUCAGUUAUUCUAAAAAAAAAAAAAAAAAAAA